AUGGGGACUGAGGGUGAUCAACAGACAAAGUCAGAAGGAGGAGAAGUAGGAAUAAGGAGAAGAGUAUGUUCAUGCACAAAAGACGAUUUUCUGCCCGAGGAAUCAUUUAAAAGCUGGGGAAAUUACGCGAAUGCGCUGAUACAAACGCCAACAAGGCUAAUAGACAGGAUCCUAACACGUUCUGAAGAAGCGGAAGAGUUACAGGCAAAGUCACGGAGCCAGAAUGAAAUGAAGAAGACACUUACUUGGUGGGAUUUGAUAUGGUUUGGAAUGGGAGCUGUUAUUGGAGCUGGAAUAUUUGUUCUCACAGGUCUUGAAGCUAAUCAAGAAGCUGGCCCUGCUGUUGUUUUAUCCUAUGCUGUAUCUGGGAUCUCUGCAUUGCUCUCUGUUUUUUGCUAUACUGAGUUUGCUGUCGAGAUUCCUGUAGCAGUAUCAGUAACGAAGUCCAAUAAUGAUGUUUUAGGUGGUUCAUUUGCUUACUUGAGGGUGGAGUUAGGUGACUUUGUUGCCUUCAUUGCUGCUGGUAAUAUACUUCUUGAAUAUGUGAUUGCUGGUGCUGCAGUAGCUCGUACGUGGACUUCCUAUUUUGCAACUCUACUAAACUUCAACUCCAACAAAUUCCUCAUCAAGGUGAAUGGUUUAGCAGACGGAUACAACGAGCUAGAUCCUAUUGCUGUUGGUGUUUGCCUCAUCAUCUGUCUUAUUGCAAUUUAUAGUACAAAAGGUUCAUCUCGCCUCAAUUAUAUCGCCACAAUCAUUCACAUUUUCGUGAUCUUUUUCAUCAUCAUCUGUGGCCUAAUAAAGUCAGAUACCAAGAAUUACACCCUUUUUGCACCAUUUGGCGUUCGUGGGAUUUUCAAAGCUUCUGCAGUUUUGUUCUUUGCAUAUGUUGGUUUUGAUGCGGUUUCCACUACCAUGGCCUUCGCUUUAGCUACUGUGUUUGUUAUCUCCUCUAUCUCUUUCCCUACUGACUUGACUAUGUCACCAUUUUCAUUUCUUAUACAAAAACCUAUUGAGCUCCUGCCUGGAUUUCCCCUCGAUGCACCAUCCUCCAACAUUUUGUGA